AUGAAGGAACAACUCUCAAAGUCAAUUGUAAUUGUUGCUGGGUUGGGGCUUAAACCCAUCGGCAGGGACUCCAUUUUAAUAUCUGUCACGUCAAACUUUGGUGGAUCUCUCUCAGCUGCAGUUUUAUCUUCAGCAGCAAGUUUAAAAGCUAAAGCCUGCCCUCCCUAUUGCUUAGAUGUGGAGUACGUGACCUGCAAGUCACCAGGUGAUGAGAAGCUUAAUUCAGUAUGCAAUUGCCGCUUAGCUUCAAAACACUGCAGUACCCGUCAUCUCCCGGAUGGGUCCUCAGUUUACUGCAACUGAAUUUGAAAGGAGA